AUGUUCGACGGCCUCGAUAGCCGCCAAACGAGCAUAGAGCUUGCUUACUCUACAACUGGUGACUGGCUGUUCAAUACCGAGGAGUAUACCCGAUGGAAAUCUCAGCGGGGUCUUGAGGAAUCCAACGGAGUGUUUUGGAUCAAAGGAAAACCAGGCGCCGGCAAAUCAACAAUCAUGAAGCAUAUGUUUCUUCAUCUCAAAAAAAGCGGGAGAUACUUGACAGCGGAGCAUUUUUUCAACGCCCGCGGAAGCGCGCAUGAGAAGUCGCUUUUGGGCAUGCUUCAAUCCUUGGUCUAUCAUUUGCUCAAGUUGGACGGCAGCAAAUCACUCUGGGCGCCCUUUCGCGAGAUCUACGACGCAAAGCGUAGAUUGAAUGGGGGAGGGAGCUUCAAGUGGACACAAAAUGAUCUGAAAGACUUCCUACUCCAGCAUCUUCCCACAUGCAAGCCAUCCAAGCCCAUAUUGAUUCUUGUUGACGCUCUGGACGAGUGCGACGAGAGGGAAGUCCAAAAAAUGGUCGAAUUUCUGGAAAAUCUUAGCCAUAAGGCUCGACAUGGAAGUGCGUCGCUGAAGCUCAGGCUUAGGAUUGGUCUCUCCAGCCGCCAUUACCCGGAAAUCAGCAUGCAGCGCCGAAUCGACUUGAUCCUCGAUAACUUGCCAGGACACAAUGAGGACAUUACGGCGUAUAUCAACGACAAGCUCAAUACGGAUGACUACGGAAUAAGCCAUAGCGUCAUCGCACGGUCGUUGGGUAUCUUCAUGUGGGUCGUGCUUGUGGUCAGGCUGUUGAACGAGACAUAUGAUUGCGGCGACGUGCAGCGAAUGCGCGAAGAGCUCAAGACGACUCCGACAGGCCUUGAGGAGCUAUUCGAGCGGAUUCUUAUCAAAGGCAACCAAUAUAUUGACGCAACGGUGCUCACUCUGCAGUGGGUUUUGUUUUGUAAGGACGGCCCGCCAAGCGCUCGGGAGCUCUAUUUUGCCGUCAUAUCCGGAGUGAAACCAGAGUCAUUGAGCAACUUGAUUCACAACGGGAUAAGCGACGACAUCCAUAAGAGGAUCAGGGACUGGUAA